AUGUCACACUUCAAAGAAAUACCUAGGAUUGUCAUUGCCAUCGAAGACGGACCCGAGGGACAUAAAAACCAGGCCAGGUCCAAGCUGAAUGAAGGGGCAUCGAGAAUUUCAGCCGUCUUAUUAUUUUCAUCCGAGAACUUCCUUUUCAUCCUUAAAACCAACACCCACCCGGCUCACACUCCCAAACAGAUUUCCCAAGCCUACAACUUUCCGCCGUCGCCGCCGUACCGUGAAACUGGCCUAGGAUAUCGUCUAGAAUACCAUCCGAGCACCGAGGAAUAUAGACCGAUAACCUAUACCGAGGAAGGACUACCCAACACUCAACUACCACCCCUAGACCUCGCUAGGACCUGCCGUCAAGCUACCUGA